AUGCGAGCCAUAGCUGACGAUCUUGCCUUGGCUCAGUGUCCGGUGUCUGAUGAAGAUUUGCUCGUGUACAUCCUGACUCAGCUAGGAGAGGAGUACAACUCCAUUAUUUCUGCGGUUCGUGUUCGUGAGAAACCCCUUUCAUUGGGUGAGUUAGCCGAUGUCCUAACUGACUAUGAACGUCAGUUGAAGGACGCAGACGAUUCCCGCCAGUUGUUAUUGGCAACUGCUAAUGCCACUCAGCGGACCUCGUCUCCUCGGAACAACCGGCAACGAAAUACCACUCGUCAUGAAACAAAGGUCUGCCGAAAGCUUGCUAGGUUCCUAAAAGAGCAUAAUGUUCUCCCCGCACAGACUUCGUCUACAGUCCAGUCCUCGCCGGCAUCUCCACCCUGGCUGUUUGACAGCGGUGCAUCGCAUCACGCCACCUCGAAUCUCGCGUCACUACAAACACUCUCCGAGUACAGUGGGCCUGAUGAGGUUCGCCUGGGUGACGAUAAUUCCCUUCAAAUUUCUCAUAUUGGUCGAUCUGUUAUUCCUACUCUGUUUUCCGUCCUUGCCUUAGAGAAUGUUUUGCAUGUCCCUCAGUUACACACUAACUUGGUUUCCAUAUCUAAACUAUGUCAGACUAAUCACGUCUCUGUUGAAUUUUUUGGCUCCCAUUUUCUUGUUAAGGACCUUCGAACCGGGACUGUGUUGCUGAAAUGA